AUGUUAACGAAAAAUUGGAUUAUCAUUUUAUUAGCGACUACUUACACUUGUCUAGGUACGUCUUUCAAUCAGCCUAAGUUCAGUUCGUGUGCAAAAUGGAAUGACGCAGCAACUACAUUUGCAGAUCAGAAUUGUAUCGGUCAGCAACCAACAGACAUUUUCAUUAAUCGACACGACAAGAUUUUCGUAACCGAGCGGCAAAACGGUCAGAUCCUAAUCUGGUACAAACAAUCGCCCUUUUACAACAAAACUAUCAUGGCGAACUUCACUAAUUCAUGGAGUCUCUUUGUCACAGAGAACAAUGACAUCUAUAUCGAUAAUGGUUUCCACAAGAAUGCAGUAGAUAGAUGGUCGCGGAACGGCUCAGUUAUUGAAUCUGUCAUGGAAGUGGCUAGUUCAUGUACAGGACUUUUUGUUGAUAUACUCAAAAGUCUAUAUUGUUCGUCCUCAGAAUCUCAUUCUAUUUAUAAGUUAGAUCAUAACAGUAACGCAUUAAGACCAAGAGUUAUAGCCGGUACUGGAUGUUCUGGACCAGUAAUGAACAUGCUUGAUCAUCCACAUGGAAUCUUUGUUGAUAAAGACUUUCGCCUAUAUGUUGCCGAUAGUCGCAAUAAUCGAAUCCAACGGUUUGAUCGAGAUGAAACGAAUGGAAUCACAAUAGCUGGCUUUGGAGCAGAAGUCAUUUUCAUUUUAGAUCGACCAACUGAUGUUGUUCUUGAUGGCGACGAUCAUAUGUUUAUUGUCGACAGUGGAAAGCAUCGAAUUAUUCGCUCGUUAUCUGGCGGAUUUAAAUGCUUGUUUGGAUGUUCGCAUACGCCUGGAACAGCACCUGAUCAGUUGAAUGAACCAUACGCCAUGGCAUUCGAUAGCAACGGCAAUAUUUUUGUUACAGACGUACGUAAUCAUCGGAUUCAAAAGUUCGAUCUAAUUCAAAAUGAUUGUGUGCAAAGUACGAUGACUCCUCUUCCAACACAGUGUUCAAACUACACGUUGAUUACUGAUAGCACACGGAAUAUAAACUCUGUGCGCACAACUGUAUUGUGCGAUCGCCAAAGCCCAAUGACGGUUUCAGGAUCAUGGUUUCGAUUCUCAGGCGGUGCGGGAACAAUGCUGGUUAAUUAUACUGUACCUAUACAUCAAUGUGGAACACACGCCACCGGCUGGUUUAAUGGCGCAUUUCCAUCAGAAACUGGUACAAUAUCGUCCGGUACUACCUGUUACCAUUGGGGUAACAAUAUUUGUAAUUGGUCUAAUGGUGUGACAGUGACUAAGUGUAGUGACUUCUAUGUAUUUUUUCUCGUAGCACCACCGGUUUGCAGUUUGCGUUACUGUACCGUUUAA